AUGCUGUGCACGUUCCGGUUCCCCAGCACAAACAUAAAGAUCUCGUUCACGGCCUUGUCCAGUGGCAGGAAAGUGAAACGUGAAGCUCCAGAAUCUCCAGUUAAAGCGGUUCAGCCUCAGAUCUCUCCUUUAACCAUCAGCAUCCCAGAAAACAUCGCCCACCUCAUGAGCCCCCUGCCCUCCCCCACAGGGACCAUCAGUGCUGCUAACUCGUGCCCCUCCAGUCCACGGGGGGCAGGCUCCUCUGGGUACAGACUGGGCAGUCGAAUGGUGAGCUCAGCAGAACUUCAGCUCAUAAACGAUAACUCGCAACCAGAGCACGAGAAGGACAACUCCGGAGGGGACAGUCCCAAGUUACAAAAAAAUCUGCACCAUCCAGCAGUAAACCCCAACAAACAGCACAUUCAUACACAGACAGGGGUCAAGUGUCUUGCCCAAUGA